AUGAAAGAAGAAAAGCUGUCUUUAUUACCUUUAAAACAUAAAGCAGGUGGUCAUGUAGCCAUGUUUCGGUUAUCAAAUGGUCCUUUAUGUAAAGCCAUUAAAACGAAUGAACAUGCAUUUUAUUUAAAUGUCAUGAAGUAUGAAGGAUUAAAACCUUUUCUUCCUAGAUAUAUGGGACUUAUCCAUGUUGUUUAUGACAAGGGAUUUCCAGACAUUGCAUUACCGUCUGAUCGAAAAAGACUCUGUCAAUUCCAACAGCAUGGUCAAGUGGAUCCUCCUUCUAUUAUCUCCAUAGGCGAGCCAUUUAUGGUCAUGGAAGACUUGACACUUGGUCUUGAAAAGCCUUGUAUCCUUGAUUUAAAGAUGGGUACAAGACAGCAUGGUGUUUAUGUGACAGAAACAAAGAUGAAAAGUCAAAAGACAAAGUGUGAACAGUCUACAAGUAGUCAAUUAGGUGUUCGUGUGUGUGGUAUGCAGGUAAGCCUCUUUUUUUUUUCAUGA